CACUUUUAAAUAGAGCUUAACACAAAUUGACUUUGAUAUUUCGUAAGUUAAAUCCCACCCACUUGUUCCUAAUUGGUCGUUUCGUAAGAUCACCUCAUUGUGAUAUCCAAUAGAAUGGUAGGAAAUAAUCAACCGAUCAAUCAAAUGCGAAAUCUUCUUUAUCGAUCGUAUAGGAAUUCUUCAUUAUCGAUCGAGCAUCGAGUUUCCUUAGGAAGUUCCCCGUAUCUGCGCAUGCGCAUAACGCAUAUAUUAAAGAACACGAAAGUUGUGAAAGAGAGAAAGAGAUAUUAGAUAGUGAAUUACGAAAGAUAGUAAAAGAUAGGUAACGAUAUAUUCGUGACACAUCCCACAUGUCGACAUUCCUGCACCCCCAACCCGAUGGAUCCCGCGGGAUUUAUUUUAAGAUAGGUAUGACGAAAGAAAGAGACAGAAACAGAGAAAGAAAGAAAGAAUGAGUGAGUGAGAGAGAGAUAGAAAGAUGGAAAGAGAGAACACGAAACUCCGUUGCUCGUCUUCAGUAGCAAAUCCGCGAGUGGCUUGCACGGGAUGUGUUGUUGAAUCGUGUGUUGGUCUAACGCGAGUGUUUACGAUUUUUCACGACCACUAUUUUGUCGAUCUAACCAAAUAAAUUGGGAAAUUAUUUCCUAACCUAUUUUUCUCUCUCUCCCUCUCACUUAUUUCUCUUUCUUUUAUUUUUACCUAAGAAGAACAUACACGAAGCAGUAAUAGAAAUUUUAUUCACGUAUUCGUAUACAUAUAUAUAUAUAUAUGUGUGCAUAUGUAUUUACAUAUGCAUAAGGUAAGAAAUUGUACGAAUGGUAAAAUUUCGCGGUCUCUUACGAAUACGUCGGCCAUUUUGGUUUGAAGAAGGAAGAAGUAGAAGAAUAAGAAGAAGAAAUGUUAACAAUAGUAGUAGUAGUAGUAUCGGUGGUAUUAUAAAAAGGUGGGAAAAGUUUGCUGGAAAUCGUUCUUCCGUGAAAAUAGUGCGAGAAGAAGAAGAAGAAGAAGAGAGAACUACUAGCACUAGCAGCCGAAAAUCGCGAAAGAAAAAAAGAGGUAAAGAGAAGAAGAAAUAGAGUAAGGAAGGAAGGAAAUAAGAAAGAAUGAAAGUAAGAAAAAGAUAAAGGUAUAACAUUUUACGCAAAGGUAUUCCCAAAAGAGAUAUUCUAGGUUGGUUUCAACUUUGUAUACCUAACCUCAUUUCGUAGGGAAGAUAUGGGAAUCCGGGGAUCUGAAAAUAAAAGUAAAACUAGAUAAGGGGGAUAGGAUAUAUAGAUCCGAUCGAUUCUAAGACUCUGUUUUGUCAUCUUAUUCUUAUUCUUCUUCAAUAUACUUUUCAUCUUUAUUGCCAUCGUCAUAGUGGUGGUAGUGGUGGUGGUGGUGGUGGUGGUGGUAGUUAUGUUGAAACUUAGUACGCAUGAUCACAGUGAAAAAGUUUCUGAAGAGUUGCCAAGCUCGAAUACGUCGUUUUACGUAAGAAGCAUGUAGCCUGUUUCUCAGUUCAGUAAUGUCAAACAGGCAACACAGAUUUGCUACUACUGUAUGGUAUGGUAUGGUAUGGUAUGGUAUGCAUGUAUGCUUAUAUAUACGAGUAGAACUUGGUCUGGAUUCUCUCGUUGAAAAUCCAGUAAGAGCAGUGUGGUGAUACCUUUAAAGGACCUCACGAUCAAACUGGACGCUUGCUUCUUCUUCUUCUUCUUCUUCUUCUCCUCCACCUCUUCUUCUUCUUCUUCUUCUUCUUGUUCUUGUUAUUUGAGGGCAUUGAUCCAGAAAGGUAUCCUCCUCGACCGUUAUUAUCGUCCAUCGAAAACUGGAACCAUGAAGAACGCUUAUCCAGUUGUAACGGCAGCUUCGUCCAGUCCGGUUGAUCCGGAUUCUAACAACGAGACAUCAAAAACCUGCGAAGAUCAAACUGCACCGAUAAUCAGGCUGAAACUUGACAAACCAUUGCAUUGGGAUUGGGAAUUAACAACUACAGCCGAUACCGUUCCCGUUAUACAAUUGUUGGACAGGGACGGUAAAUUAUUGGUCGAGACUACCGGGAAAACUGCCCAAAGAGCCAGGGGUUCUUUUCGGGAAGGUUUGACGACUUACGAAGAAUUUCCAAACAUUACUAGAUCCAUUUCGGUAACCUCGAAACCGGAACCUCUGCGUACCGGAAAUCGUAACAUGGAUGGGUUCAGUAAUAAAUUCGGAUCGGUUGAGUUUGGUUUUAAACCGAGAAAAUCUAGGAGCGAUGCCAAUAUCAAAUUCAUAUCGAACGACAAGAAAAUCAAAUGUAAACAAAACAAACAAUCGGAUAAAAUGUCCCCAGGGCAGCCGGUUAAUUCGAAGAAAUACUCGACCGGUGAUUUUCUACGUCGUCAGAUCCUGGAUGAUUUAAGGACGAGGAGUACGCUUGGAAAGACUCCAGACGAGGUUGCCAAGGAAAGAUGUAGGAAGGUCAAGGCUUACUUGAGAAGUCAAAGUGAUCUUUUGCCUGGUAUCGUUAAUUCGGAAAACGAUUUCGAAGUUGAAAAUCAUUGUCUUGGAUCUAAGAUCGAUUUAAACGAUCAGAAGGAGAAGGAGGAAGAGUAUUCGAGUAAAUUGGAAAACAAUAGUUUGGAAUCCAAGGAACACGCAUUAUUGUCUUCUGUUCCUUUGGUAGAUGGGAAAGUGGUUGUGGUGCCAGUGGAUCCGGUUAAACUCGUGAGAAUUCGAAGUUUCUUGACCGAUAAAUUGCGGGAGAGGAUGGAACGGGAGGAGGCGGAUGAUCGUUUGCCGAUUAACAAACGACACUCUGAUUGUUCUUAUCGUCAGAACAAAAAGGAUGGGGGGGAUUAUCGUAGGAGAAAGGUACGUAGCGAAACUAACGUCAUCAAAUAUUUACCCGGUGAUCAUUUUAACGUGGAAAACUUGUCCCCGAGUUUGAUUGACCAAUUGGAAUAUGACAAAAACGUUCGGGAUAAUAAAAUAGAAAAUGGCGAUGAUCAAACAACUAUGGCUAAUGUUAAUUAUCAUUCAUCAUUUUCAUCAUCUUCAUUAUACGUUCCUACGAUUAUUAGGAAGAACAAAAAUUAUCAUAGAUCUAAAAGUGACGUAUUGUUAACGACUCAAUCUAUCAAUGAUUUCGAAUUGAAGAAAAACAAAACUAAAUCCUCCGAUCGUAGGAGAACCUAUCGGAAAACUAAAAGCGAUCUCCUAUUCUUCGACGAUCCUUACGAGGAAUCGAAAAAAGAUUUGGACAGGAUCGAAAGAUCAUGGCGGGAUUACAAGGAGAGAAAGAAACUCGAGAAACUUCAAAGGGAAACGGAACCGAAAAAGGAACAGGACAAAGAAAUAGUUGAAAAGGAUUGGAAACAGGAGACGGAUCAGAAACAGCAGGAGGAUGAGAAGGAUUUAACUGGCAAAACUAAAUGGAGGAAAGAUUUUCAAAGCGAAUUAUGCGGCGCGAGAAAUUGUAAAAUUUGUCAAAAUCUUCGGAUUUCAUUGAACCAUCCAUCGGAAACCGAAACAAAAGUUUAUACCUUUGAUAUCGAUUCUGAUAAAGAUCAUUCGAUUCAAUUAGAAAAUAAUAAUAAUAAUAAUAAUAAUAAUAAUUCACAGUCGUCUUCUACAAUAGUAUCACCAGAUUUUGGUUACAAUUCGAUACCGAAAAGUGUUUUCAAAGAUUAUCGCGAAUUGUAUGCACGUUCUAACGUUAAAAAAAGCGACACGUUUAAAAUAAUCGAUGGGAGUGAGGAUGGUUACGAGGAAACUCUCGUUGAGGACAAUACCGAUGAUAAUGAACGACGACAGAAAGAUGAAAAUUCUGCUGAGAUGAUCUCAUUGGCGAACAAAUCGAACGAGGACAUCGCUAGGGAUUACUUCAAACGCGUUUACGAACUUCUCAAGAAACGUCAGGAAGAGGCACGUAAGAUUGCUGAAAAACGGGACGUUCAUGGAUACGAUGACUCUUCUUCCUCAAAUUAUGUCGAAGAGGUACGCCGGAGGAAACAUAGGCGUAGGAAGAGGGACACUGCUCAUGGAACAUUCGUUAAUGUGAAAACUUUCAUCUUAAGGACUCGUUUUCAUUGCGCGAAACGUCGGUAUUUAUGCGAUGUCGCAAAUGGGUCCUCGACGCGUUUUAGAAACGUUUAAUGGGAAGGAAAUAAUGACCUAGUAUGAAGAAGAAGAAGAAGAAGAAAUAGAAAAAGAAAAAGAAGGAAGAAGAGUAGAAGAAACAAACCGGUUUUGCGUUAAACUCAUCCUAACACUCGCCAUUUUGU